GACUCUUAAUGGUUGUUCUCCAGAGCUCUCUGCAUCCUGGCCACCUGCCUACAGGAAGGCCCUAGCUUACCAUUAUCCCAGCUCCUGGUGCUAAGGGCUCAGGACAAAUCGCUAGCCCUUUGUGGACUCUUACGUCUUUGUGCAAACCGGAACCACCUUUUAUUUUAGUUCAUUGAGGACAGCAGUAUACUUAAGGGAUUCUGAAAAUCUGUAAAAGUUAAGAACUCAUCUUUUUUUUUUUUUUUUUUUUUUUUUUAACAUAAAAUGAUGGCAAAUACUCGAGACAGCACCAUUCACCUGAUGACUCUGAGGCUUUCUUUGGCUCCAUCAGGCUCUGGGUUCUGUUUCUCUCCCAUCUCCCAUUGAGCAAUAUCAUAAAAGCUCUUCUCUGACCCUGGACUAGACUCAAUCACUGGGUCGUGACGGGCAGUGGUUCUGUUUCAGCCGGUUAGAAUCCUCCAGGGCAACGGCUCCAUUUGAGGAAGCUUCCUGUCCUGUCCCCCCCCAAGCCUGUCAGAUCCGACCUUCCCGCUGUGGGUGCAGGAGUCCCGGGGCCCCUUGCAGAGAGGGGUUGGAGGAGCCCCGGGAACCUGGAGCACGUGACCUCUUGUCCCACCUGGGAGGCCCUGUAUUCUCUCAGGGGUCACCCUCUGCAGAAGUAUGCUCUCAAGGUGGGGCCUAAAUCGAAAAAACAAACGAGAUGAAGCCUCAAAGGUCAGCCCCCUUGUGGCUGUUGUUUUCUCACCAGAACCUUUGUGUUGGACCCGUCGGGAGUCUUCCUGCCUGGUGGUGCUUUGUCUGUGUGGCUUAAAUGACAGCAAACACAGCUCAGCUUUGGACGGGGCACACACACACACACACACACACACACACACACGCCUCUCAGAUACCGAGAAACACUGUCCCUAAUGUGGGACUUGGAAAACCAAGUCCCCAAUGUGGAUGGAGAAAAUCUUAAGAGUGAGACCCAGAGCUUCCCAGGAUUUUCCCCUCCUCACUUAGCACCUCUUGGGCAUCAGUCGUCGGUCUUUUUCAUUUUAACGAACCCAGUGAACCCGCCUCUACCUUUCAAAGGAAUCUGGGGCAACUUUCCUGCCAAGUCCCCACUGAGGGCCUGUGACACUCAAGAAGGAGGGCCAGGCCCUUGUGUAGGUUAAGGAAGUCCGAGGAGAAUAAAGAUUAUAGGGAAACAGUCUACCUUUCUUUACAAGGUCUUGUUUUGCAUCCCUGAAACCUCAGAUUCAGCUAUCACAAUGAAGUCCUGUUGCAGAAAGAGCCGGCCUUUUAUCACCACUUAAAAUCUAAUUAACCCAUAUUGAAGCACAAAGAUUUCUGUUGUAUUUUAGGGUGAGGGGUCACAGAGCCCUCUUUGUUCAUCCUCAGACUUAUACUCAUCAAGCAUUGGGGAUAUAAUUUUACCAAGCAAAUUGGAAGGUAACAGAUCAAAUCCUUAUCAGAAAGCCUAACUCAUAGUUUUAACAGGGUCCUUCGUCCUUUACAUGAAACAUUAUAUUCGAGAAGAACAAAAACGCAUUUCAGAGUUUCCAAAGAGUUAAUGGCCAAAGCUUAUAUUCCGGGCAGCAUAGGACCAAAACGGUCACACUACUGUGAAGCACGAAAGACAGGGACUCCCACAGGGGUGGCCAAAGUUGUAAGACUUGUUGCAAUGGCUCUAGUCUUUAGAGUGGCGACGCAGCUCGUUGGACUUUCGGUAUCUUUGCUGGGAUGGGUUUUGUCCAUUAUUACAACUUACCUGCCACAUUGGAAAAACCUCAAUUUGGACUUAAACGAGAUGGAGAACUGGACCAUGGGACUCUGGCAGGUCUGUGUCGUCCAAGAGGAGGUGGGGAGACAAUGCAAGGACUUUGAAUCCUUCCUGGCUUUGCCUGCCGAACUCAGGAUCUCCAGGAUCUUAAUGUUCCUGUCCAACGGGCUGGGGCUCCUGGGCCUGCUGGCCUCCGGGUUCGGCCUGGACUGCUUGAGGGUCGGAGAGACGCGGCCAGGCCUCAAGAAGGGACUGCGGAUCCUGGGAGGGACCGUGUUCUGGGCAGCAGGCGUCGCGACCCUGGUUCCGGUCUCCUGGGUCGCCCACGUGACCGUCCAGGAGUUCUGGGAUGAGACCAUGCCAGAGAUUAUGCCCCGGUGGGAGUUUGGGGAAGCCCUCUUUCUGGGCUGGUCUGCUGGGUUUUCCCUCCUCCUGGGAGGCUGCCUGCUGAACUGCGUGGCCUGUACGACCCAGGCCGCUCCGGCUCCGGGCCCCUACGCGGUGGCAGAAAUGCAAAUUCAGUGUCUGUACCUGGAAAAUGGAACUGCAGACCCGAGAGUGUAAGACGUUGGCAAGAGCAGAAAGACACAUCUUUCCACAUCAACCGCGAAGUGGGGUCUAUGCUAGAAAGGGGUCUUUGUUAUGUAAUUAAAUCUGUGCUGCUCUCGGUUUCUCAUUCAAUAACUACUUUUCGAUCCUAGGUCCCCUCUUCCUCCCCAAAUCUGGAGAAGUAAGAAAGAGGCAAGUCUUAUAUCUAAAAGGAAACUAUCAUGGGAAGCAUUACACAGGGAUGAGCAAAGACAAUUUCAUCGACCCGGUUAUUUAAAUCAAAACGUGGCGGUGGCCGUCCGUUCUAAUCAGAAUUAAGCUUUGAUGUGUUAAAUUUUAUAUCAGGAACUUUGCUUUUGUUGAUAGCUGGG